UCUAGUGCUAUUGGGUGCCAUUUCUAGCUUGCACUAUUUUUAGGAGGGGAGUUUUGCAUCACACAGAACAUUGAAAUGCAGCCAGUUUUCCAAAACAUGAUGGUCCCUUUAUGAUAAUGAAGAAGUCACAUUUAUGCCACAGAUAAGAAAAAUGUUUCAUUCUUUAGGGGAAAAUAUAACACUGUGAUGGAAUUGUGAGGUUUCUGGCUUGCAGUUACUGUUCAGACUUGAUGCACUCAUUUUGUAUGUUUAGGAAACAAAUUUUUAUCAGUCUGGAGUAACCAUUGACUUUGUUUUGUUGGAUCUUGUUUUCAUUUUUAGUUUGGUAGACAGGGAAUGCCAUCAUGUUCUCUUGCUUUUUCUGUAGAGACUUCUGUCUGGGUAAUCUCCAGUGAAAUCAUAGAUAAGUAAAGGCAAUCAGAAGAGUCUGAGCUUACUGAGCCUUGCGUUCCGUGGGGGGAGGGAUCCACCCUUGUGAAGUGUGAAAGACUGGUAAAGUCUGCCUUGUUCAUGAGAAGUUUGUGUAAACAGUUUACACUACCCCGAUUUGGACUAUUUAGUGUAUUUCACUUCUGUGUGUUGAGGGCUGUGUUUGUGUGGCUUCAGAGUGUAAUACCUGGGUGCAUGCAGUGGUACUUGUCAGCACCAGCCCAAAGGCAGGACAGGCUGGAACUGGAGCUGCCAUCCAGCCACUUGGGCAUUUCUGAGUGAUCUCCUGCAGGGUGUUGUGAGAUGGAAGUUUGCAACUCUUGGGGAGAGUGGGUCAGUUUUGUACAACUCAGGUAUUCAUCAGUCCCUGCUGUCCACACUGUACACCUUUCCUGUAACUCCAGUGAUACAGAGCUGUGCCAGAAAGAAACUGGUCACAAACGCAAACAAACAAAUGUGGUUGGUUGCUCGUGGGGCUUACUGGUAGCAUACAGACUCAUGCACGUGUGCACUCUCCACCUACAGAAUUAAGGAAGGGUUGUGUCUUGUGCAGCCCCUGCAUAGACAGAUUUAAGUGGAACUAGUGUAAAAAGUCUUCUAGGGAAGUUGCUGUCUUGGCAAGAUCAUGAUCUUCAAGUGGUAAUUAAGUUUCCUGGUAUCCUGUCCCUUGUGUCAUUUCCGUGCAGGAGCUGUGUGUCCCGCCUUGUUACAGUUGCUGAGCAGGCAAGAAGCUGCAGCAGUUUUCCUGCCUCAAGAUCACCCUUUCCAGGGAGAUGAAGUUUUGGCAGGCUGUACAAGGAAAAUAUUGGGUCACUGAGACGGUUCUGGAGGAAACCAGAGUGCAGGGGAGCGGAGGGGAAAGGACAAACUGUCUUUAAUAAAAGGACAGUAACUUUUCCAGGAAGGGCGAGAGGAAGAAAUCAAAAGUGAAACUAAUAGAACCAAAAGGGGUGGACCUUCCAGCUGCUGAUUGAGAGGAGAAGCCAUUAUCUAUUUGUCAUAGUGCAUAUCACGGCACGGUGGCUCUUUCAGACUGCAACUGAAGUCUUGGUUCAGAUCCAAAUCCUGAUGUGAAAUGAGUACAGAAUUCCACAAACUGCUUUUUGAAAUUUCUGAGGCUUUGGUGACAGACGAACUGGCAGCUCUUAAAUUCCUCAGCCUGGACCAUGUCCCCAGAAGGAAGCUGGAAGCCAUCCAUGAACCCAAGGCCUUCCUUGAAGUGCUGCAGGAGAAAGACAUGAUCGGGGCAGGGAAUCUGUUCUUCCUGAAGGAGCUGCUCUACCGGAUCCAUCGGAUCGACCUCCUGACUGCCCACCUGGGCUCCAGCCGCGAGGAGAUGGAGAGAGAGCUGCAGGUCCUGGGCAGGGCACAGGUGUCAGCUUACAGGCAACUGCUGUAUGGAAUUGCAGAGGACUUGACUUCAGAAGAUGUCAGAAGUGUGAAGUUCCUGCUCCAAAAACAACUACCAAAGACCAAGCUCCAGGAAAAUGCUUCAAUGUUGCAGGUCUUUCUGGAAAUGGAAAUAAAUGGGAUAAUUAAAGAAGAUAACCUGACAGUGCUGAAAGAUAUAUUACAGAGAUUUAGAGCUGACAUAAAGAAAAAAAUUGAUGCCUAUGAAGAAGGAAAAAAAGAAAAUUAUUCCAGGGAAGAAGUCCGCUAUCCUGUGUCUGUGUCUGUGUAUCCAGAGGAACAAGGAGCAGAGGGGGAGGCAGAAAAACAGCAUGGGAAAAUAUAUAAGAUGAAAAAUAACCCCCAUGGUUACUGCUUAAUUCUUAACAACCACAUUUUUAGAAAUCCACGUUACAAUAGAGAGGGAACAUUGCAAGAUGGAGAGGCUGUGAAGAGGGUCUUUAAGUGGCUUCAGUUUGAGACAGUUGAGUAUAUGGAUCUAGAAGGAAAAAAAAUAUAUGAGACAAUUAAAGAAUACAGCAAGAAAGAUCACAGAAAUAUGGACUGUUUUGUUUGCUUCAUUUUCUCCCAUGGUGAAAAAGACAAAAUAAAAGGUGUUGAUGAUGAAUGCGUAAAUAUUGACGAUUUAGUCUCCUGCUUCACUGGAACUAAUUGUCCUUCUCUUGCUGGCAAACCCAAGGUGUUUAUUAUCCAGGCUUGCCAAGGCUCUGUACGUCAUCCAUCUGUUGCAGUAGAAUCAGACUGUUCUGGACCUCUUGAGGUGGAUGCUAGUCCUUUGACUUCCAUUCCUGAUAAGGCUGAUAUUCUGAUUGGCAUGGCCACAGUGGAGGACUACCUGUCCUACCGCAGUCGUAGGACUGGCAGUGUUUACAUUCAAUCCCUCUGUGAGAAGAUGGAGUUGCUUUGCCCACAGCGCGAGGAUCUCGCAGCCAUCCUGACAGAAGUGAACAAUGAAGUGGCAAAAAGAGAAUUAGAAGGAUCUAAGCAGAUGCCAAAGAUAACAUCAACACUACUGAAGAAACUGAUCUUUGAAGUUCCACAAUGAAAAGCAGACAAGAAUACACUCAGUUAGGAAUGACAUCUGGGCUUUGACAGGGAAGAGAAUUUACAUAAGAAAUUAUCUGGAUCUGUGUAGUAGUCCCAGCCCUUUAAGGAGGCAUAGGACCUAAAUUUUCCAACUUCCACAUUGAAUCAGUCUUCCAAUACCUGGAUCUGUAAUGGUCGGGUAAGGCUGUGGAAAACUACAGAUCAUCAGGCUUUUUGUCCUGCAGAAGAAGUGGAGUAUGUUCAAUCUGGGUUUCGAGUGAGAAAGGACUUUCAACUAGUACUGUAAAAGUCAUUGGAAUUGUCAAUGUAGUCCCAUUUGUGUCUAAGUCCCUAAAAUAUGCAAAAAAAGAACAGAUUCAGAAAGUUGGAUGCAUUCCCAAGCAGCAUGUGUAAGGCUGUAACUACCUUACCCAGAGGUGAAUCGUUGUAUGUCUUUGGAAGCUAUAAAUGGUCAUGGAAAAUAACAUCCUGCUCCAGAAGGACCAAAACCCCAUGAUUAUGUUAGUUUGGUUCUUUUCUUCUAAAUAUUUGGUUGGUUUAUGUCAAUCAUUUACUUGAAUAAGCAGCGCAACUAUGUAAGUUUUUCAGUAAUAAAGCUUCUCACUUCUCUAUUUCUCAGAGCUCUCAGGGCACAGUGUGUCUUGAAUGACUGUAGAAUACUGGAAGGAAGUUCUGUAAUCGUGUUCCUGUUAGAAUAAAUUC